CGAGGGAGGGGACCGGCUGCUUCCACCCAAGCACUGAAGCCCCUGGAGCGAAGGCUCCUCGCCCCUUCUGCUAUUGCCUGCGAAGGAAGGACAUCAGCAGUGAUGCUGCUCUGUGACAUCCCAGCAUAGGGAGCAAGAGCCAUCGCUGCCAGCAAGCCAUGUGAGUGCAAGAGCAGAGGAGAAGGAAGUGCACUAUCCUGACUCCAGCUAUAAGACAGCUGAUCUUUGCUGCACAGUUCCCACUAGCUGGAAUGUGGGAUGUUCCUAGAUAACAUCACCAGCAAGCUCCUGGUCUGAAUCAUGGACUCUCGUGCCUUGUCCCAACACCACUGCCUGCUCUGAAAGCAACUUGCAAAAUGAUUUGCAAAGUCCUGUCCCGUGCAGUGUGAACCAGCAGCCUUGGCACCGAGAGGAUGGAGCACCUCUUGCUGAGGCCAUCGUGACAUCUGUCCUAAGUUGCCUCUCCUGACAUCCUCUGUGAGCCUGGUGAGGGAAGACAGCAAAUGGAAGGUAUGUAGGGAAAAUGGACCAGAGCUGACUAACCCCCAGGCCCCAGAGAGCAAUGACUGAGACCUAUUUAAAAUCCCGUGGAAACCUGACUGGCCGUGUCCACCUCCCAACUCUGGCUACCGAAGUAGACACGACAGCAGAUAAAUAUUCCGGCCUCUACGUGUACGUGGGGUUGUUCCUGACACUCCUGGCUAUCCUUCUCCUACUGCUGUUCUCCAUGCUCCUGCGCCUGAAGCACGUUGUUUCCCCGGUCUCUGUGUCUCCAGAGGGCACUGAGAACGCCCAGCAGUUCACAGAUGUGGAAAUGCACAGCAGGAUUCCAACCACAUAGAGACCACAAAGCAAGGAGGAGGGUUCUGUGCUUGUGAAACGUGUUUUGUUCAGCAAAACGUGGUGGAAAGAAUCUGUGGCUGCCUAUUGAGCCCCACAAUUUCUUGCACAACCAUCACUAGCGGCACAGAGCAGCUGGGAAGUGUCCUGACUCUCGGGCUGGCUGGCUGUUAACACUACAGCUAACCUGUGUGCAACACCCUCACUCAAAUUUACACUACAGAAACCUGCUGCUGUCAGGAAAGACUCAUAUCCCUCUAAAAAACUUGCAGAAAUCAUGAAGACCACAAUAAUAACAGCCAAAAACCCAGAGAGACAUAUAGCAGAAUGUGUCUUGGAGCCUGUAUUUGCUGACACCUCUCUCUGCCCUUAAAUAUCUAGCUUGUGAAAGGAGUUGAAUCAACAAAGUUGAGUUGUGUAAGUGGGAAGAACCCACAGGGCGCACACAGAAAUUAUCAGUGGCUUAAAUAUUCUCAGGCAUUUCUCCCAUUCAAGAAGGAAAACUUUAAAUUGCCUUUUUUUCCACUGAAAUGGCAAUUACACAAUGGAGUUUUGGAAGUAUACAAAUGUUUCAUCACCUGCUGGAACUACUGCUUUUUGACACUAAAAGCCAUACAGUGAAUAGUUACAUGCUAGAUAUCAAAAAGAGACAGAACUUUAAAAGAGGAAAGAAAAUAAAGCCAAAAUUUAAGCAAGGUUUAAAUUAAAAAGAAAGCAUCAGCAGGAAAUGAGCAGCAGGAGAGAAAAAAUGUUAAGACACUCUACCUCUUCCUUUGUUCUUCAUCACAUUAACUGAGUUGAAUACAAACAUGUUUCUGCCUUUCAGCUUCCCCAGUAACACUCAGUAAUUAAAAUGCAAUGUAAUGUUUUGGAGUCAAAUGGACAUCACUCUCCUAACAGACUUAAGUUCAUAAUAACAUGUUGUUUCAGAUCCAUAUUGGGUUUUCUUCCUCAAAAGACAGACCAGUGCUGCCAAAGCUCUUUCAUUUGUUUUCCUCCAAACAACGCCGAGGAAAUGCCAGGGCCUGGCACUGCAAUCAUGAAUAAUGUGAACAACCCUGGACAAAGACUAAGAGGGAGUAUGCAAAUGGAAGGUAAACUCACUGAGCACUAAAAAAUAGGAUUGCAUUCAAAUAUCCUGGUGGAAUUUCCUGGAGGAAAGAAAUGUUUACUUGCAUUUAUGAAGCAACAAUCUGACCCAGUCUUCUUACCUAUGAAUGAUGUUGAGAGAGGUAGGCUUUGCUUCUGUAUAUGGGAAAGAUGGAAUCAGAUAUAGGAUAUUUGAUGGUAUAUGAGAUAUCCCAGUGGUCCUGGGAGCACCACUUCUUCUUACAGAAAAAACUUGAGUGAGAUUGUUUCAGCCACAUCUCUAAAGGGUAGAAAUUUUACACAGCUUAUCCUCUUUAUUACAAUCUAAUUCUAGUUCAGCAAUAAAACCCCCUGGAUGCUUUCCACAUGUAUAUACACUUAUCUGCUAAUUCUUGUCUCUCCAAGGGCUUGGAAAGUGUAAACACCUGACACAAAACCAGUGUAAAAUUAAGGAAGACACUGACUGUCACAUGGACUUGUGACAGUAACACAAAUCUGUUUCUCAAAUGCUUUGUGUACAACAGGUUCUUUGUUCACCUUUAGAGGUCUGUACAUGGGGAGCUGUUUGGACUGGGAAUAUGGCUUUUACAGCUGACUGUGUGAGGGGGGGAGCAGAAUGACAAGUAACAUCCAGACUGGACACACUUGGUCCUUGGGCAGGACUAGUGUUAUUUCUCACUGAUGUAUGUAGUAUGAAACUAUUUAAAAUUUGCUUCCUUAUAUUGAUUAAGUCCCUUUACACUCCAUUAAUCCCCACAUAAAUUGGUUUAAUCUGUGAAUCAUAGAAUCACUGAAUGGUUUGGGUUAGAAGGGACCUUAAAGCUCAUCUUGUUCCACCCCCUGCCAUGAGCAGGGACACCUUCCACUAGCCCAGGUUGCUCUGAGCCCCACCCAACGUGGCCUUGAACAGUGAACUAGAACAGUGGCUGUGUAAGGGAACUGAGCAAACCACACUCACAGCAGUAUCUCCCCAUGCCAUGCUUGACUGUGUUUCCCUGCAGAAAUGGCAGGAGACAGGCUGCCCUCCACUUUCCUGCCAUGGGGACAAUACUGGGCAGAAUGGUGCCUUCACACACCAUCUAAAGACUGCUCCUCGAGGAGUGCUACUCUCAGAACUGCACAAGAGCCAAAGUUUUUUGUGAUGAUCUGGAUAUUAAUCCAAUGAAGACAGAGGGAUACCAAGUUAGUCAGUGACAUAUAAAUUUAACAAAAACCUAUGCAGAUCAAGUUGGCUUGGUAUGUGUCAUUCAUUGAGCCAUCAUAAGGCAGCCUAGCCCAGCCUCAACAUCUGACUUGCUAUCUAAAACUCUUCCAUUUUCUUGAUAUGCCAUUCAAAAGCUACAACUUACCUAGACCAUAAAUGUUCUAAUAUACUAAAUCAGCAACUAAACCACAUUAGCCUUCCAGCACAACUAUCUGUAGAAAAGCCUUGUAUCCAAGAGGCUGCAGAACAGACAGCUUUAAUUGACAGACUUUUAUUGACAUAAAAUCUCAGAUCUCCUAAUGAAAAAUGACAUUAUCAGAAUCUGAGCCAGAACCCAAACUCUGAUUGCUCUGAUCUCAGCCAAAAUGCCCCCCAAGACAGGUGUCAAGACUGAGCUUCUUUCCUUCAUACUAAAGAAUGUUACUUCAGAAAAGUCUUACAUUUUAAAACUUAUUCAGUAAAUAUAUUGUAAGUAAAUGAGCAAUCACUUUAUAUAUCAUUACAUUAUACCAGAUACCCUCUUUGGGCAGACUGUGUAUUGCUAUAUGAUACUGUUAUGGAAGGUACCGUAUCUUCUAAUG